AUGGGAAAUCGGGGGCUCUUCUGCACCCUCUGUUACCUGAUGUUCAACGCGCCUCUGCUCUUCAUCGUCACCGCUACCUUUACUGAAGUUCCCAAAGAUGUGACUGUUAGGGAGGGAGAUGAUAUUGAGAUGCCUUGUGCUUUCCGAGCCAGCGGAUCCACUUCUUACUCCUUGGAAAUCCAGUGGUGGUACCUUAAAGAACCAGCCAGAGAGCUUGCACACGAAUUAGCCAUCAGUGUCCCCGGCAGCAGGAGCAAGGUAACAAAUAAGGAUGCAACCAAAAUCAGUACGGUCCGCGUCCAGGGCAACGACAUCUCGCACCGGCUGCGGCUCUCGGGCGUGCGGCGGCAGGACGAGGGCGUCUACCAGUGCCGCGUGGCGGACUACAGCGACGACGAGACGCAGGAGCACAAGGCCCAGGCGCUGCUGCGUGUCCUCUCCCGCUUCGCGCCGCCCGACGUGCAGGCGGCCGAGGCCGUCUCGCACAUCCAGAGCGGCGUGGCUCCGCGCCGCCACGGUCCCGCCGCGCGGCCCACGCCACCGCCGGGUCCCGGCAAUCGCCCGCAGCCGCCGCCACCCCUGGCCGAGGGGAAUACUUCCGCCGCCACGGCCACCGCCUCGGCGGCCGCCGCUGCCGCCUCCUCGGCCUCGCCACCGCCCGGUCAGACCGCCAUCCUCCGCCAGCAGCACGGGUCAGGUACAGGACCUAUUUAUGCUACAGACCCACUCCUAUGUAUGUCCCUGUUAAUACUGCAUAAGCUUGUACAUUUAUUAGUAAACCACUGA